AUGGCGGGAGAGAAAGUUCGUGUCAAAUGGGUGGUUAACUGCACGGGCGAGCCAGCGACAUUUACCGAAUCCUUGCUGGACGCAAAUUCCACCAUACGGGAAGUGAAGGAUAACGUUUUUGCGGGAGAAAUAUCCAGAGGCCUUAGCGUGCGCGUUAUUUUUUUGGGACGGGAGCUGGCAGACAGCGAUUCUCUAGCUUCUCACCUCCGGGUGCCCGCGCGAGCAGCUGCGGCAGGAUCUUGCGCAACCACAGCAUCAGCGGACGCACAAAACUCCGCAGCAGUGACUCUCCAUGCUGUUAUUUCUAAUCGCCCACCACAUAGCAGAGGCAGCGGCGUUUCUGGUUGUACAAAUGCUGGUGGAGGGCCUACAGAGGAAGGCGACUGGUCUGUCAUCGUUCUAGGGGUAACUGUGUUCGUUAUCUUGUGCGUAUGCUGGUACCACCGCCUUGCGUUCCCAGCAGAUUUCACACCAUUCUCUUCCCUUUUGCUGGUACUCUUUACCGGCUUUUACGCUUUUACCGUCCGCGGCGUUGUCGUGCGCGUCUUCAAAGUUGCGUAUGGGUGCCUCCGUCGUCCUUGGAGUGGAGCAGCGCAAUCAGCAAGGCCGGAUGCAUCGGCAUUGUCAUUUCAGGAAGUCCCUCCACGUCCCUUGACGUGA